AUGGUUGCUUUCAGGACUCAUCUCACUGUCCUCGCUGAAUCAGCUGCUCGCUAUCCAUUGUCUCCCGUAUUCAGGACGCCAUUGUUUGACCAAAAGACCACCAAGGUGCUAGAAUGGCGUAUCAUUACCUUUAGUCAGUUUCAAUCAGACGUCGAGCACUUCGCACGAUACUGGGGUCGCACACUGAAAGGAGUACCGCAACGUUCCGUAGUCGGACUGUGGCUCGGUGGCUUGUCAUACGUCGAUGCCCUUCAUAUCUACGGCAUGGCCCGUGCUGGAUACGUUCCCCAGCUCUUCUCAUUGCGACUCCCCAACCCUGACGUCAUCUACGAUCUCAUGCGUAAAUCCAACGCGAAGUCUCUCGUUUACGACCCGACAUAUGCCGUCGAUCUCACAAGUAGUCCUUUUCCCGUCCACCCUGCUGUAGAUGUCAGCAGCAUAGAUCUCCGUAGCGCCCCAUUACCUCGCAUGAUCGAAGCGAUCAAGGGUACCGACACGAUCAUGAUAUUCCAUACAUCCGGUUCGACGUCUGGGUGCCCAAAAUUAGUUCCCUGUAGCUACUUCUGGCUGAACGCGAUCAUUCACAAAGCUGGGCAGGUCAGCAAACCGAUCAGCCCAAAGCAAGAUGUCACUGUAUGGAUGGGAAGCAUGUGCCACAUCGGUCAGACAUUCAUGUUUCUCGGUUCACUCCAGCACGGUGCUUGCACCAUCCAACCCACUGAGAUUGGCUUCUCUUCUGACGAGCUGGUGGACAUGAUCAGUCGGUGCGAGCUGAACCGUCUCAACCAGUUCCCCGCGUUCCUUGGUAUCCACAUACGCAAUUCUCGCCAGAAUCCAAAACUGCUCGCUCGGCUAUGCGGUCUUGACGAGAUCCUCUACUCUGGCCAGCCCAUGCCUCGAGAAGACGAGGAGUGGGCGUACAAGAACAACAUGCGCAUCACCGACGUCUUCGGAAGCACGGAGUGCGGAGCGAUGCUGGUGUCUGUGUGUGGUGGCGGACGCCCCAAUCCUCCUGUUCGCCCUCUUCAGGGUACCAAGUACGGCUUCUUCCCCUGCUCAAUGACAUCGGAGCCUGGCUACAGCAAUGCCAAUGGGAAUCUCGUAGAGCUGGUCAUACUCGCGGAGUCGGGCGAUUGCCCAGAUCCUUCCCUGCGCUCCGCCGACGGACACUAUCACACUGGUGACCUCUUCCUCGAAGUUUCCCCGGGCGCGUAUGUAUCGCGCGGACGAAACGACGACUGGAUCAAAAGUGCCAAUGCUCUUCGCUGUGACACGAAAGCGAUUGAGGAUAACGUCCGCGCUACGUGCGGAGAUCUGGUAGCUGAUUGCAUUGUCGUGGGCAACGGGCGGCCAUCGCCCGCGCUUUUUGUCGAGCCGCUCAUCAAUAUGGAUGUGGAGAAAAUUAGAAAGGAGAUCAUCCGCAAGACGAGACAUUUUCACUCCAGGCGGUACCUCCACGAGCGCAUCACCUCGCCGAACAUGGUAAUCAUUGUUCCAGCCGGCACUCUCCCGCGCACUGCGACGAAAGCGAACAUCAGGCGCCGCGCUGUCGAGGACAUGUUCAAAGUAGAGCUUGAUCGUAUAUUCAACGCGUAG